AUACUGGUUUCAUUUUCGAGUUCAGUCUGUUCAGUACAGAUAAAUAAAUAGAUAUUAUUAGUUUCUCAAUGUCAUUUCAAAUCGCGGGGGCAUGACAGAAAAUAACUGAGAUGCGCACUUAGCAGAAAUUCACUUCACGGUCUGGUCUGGAACCAAUCACCCAUGAUAAACGAGGGGUUAUUGUAUGGUUGGUAAGCAUCAUUAAUCCGUUCCAGAAGGUCCAACUCAAACCAAAAUGGACCCUAACCAAGACAAGUUUUCAGAUAGAAAAUAAUGUAAAUCCAAUUACUAAAAAUAUAUAACAUCCAUCCAUCUAUUUUCUAUGCUGCUUAUCUUCACUAGGGUUGCGGUGUACAAAUAGCAUCCUGUAUAUAACAAGAUAUUUAUAUUAGGUUUACAUUCACAUGUAAUAUAUAUCGAACAAAAUACCAUAGUUCCUCAAAAAAAUAACAUGGAAUUUGCUGUUUAAUAUAGAAAAUGAAAAAAAAAAACAACUGCUACUGGCAGUGACAUUGCGGAAGUUCGCAGGCAAUGAUGCCUUAUAAGGUGUAUGGUGACGUGUGCUAUGUCUGACUCCGCGCCGCAUGUCACCCGCAGCCGAUGACGGAGCCAUUCCAUCACACAGGCACUAGCAACCUACUUUGGACUCAUGGUGGCUUGUUUAGAGUUCGUCACACUCAAUGAAAAAAAUGCAUGGACAGGAGUCGUCAACGAUGAGCGUUCAUUGUUUGGCCACUUGAUUGCCUUGCAGGCUGCCGUAGUAAAGGGUGAACUUAGUAUAGCGAGAUUUCGUCUUAGGCGCGUGACCCAAGAUGGCUACAUAAACAUAUUGCACGCUAACCAGGGAGGCGCGUGCAAACCAAGGCCAAAUUUUAGCAGAAAUGUUGGAUGUUAUCCGAAAAAUGUGAUAACCAGGGCAGACGUUAACCGAGGUACCACUGUAAAUGUAUUUUAAAAAGCUGCUUUCAACCCAAUGCGUGCAGUAAUUGAGAUUUUUUUUUUGGUGCAUGUAAACGUCACGAGUUCAAUUAGACAAGCAGUCUUUUCAGUAAGUUUAGUUAGAUGGUACUAAGGAUUCAAAAACGUUUACUUUCAUUCUUAAAACAUGAGGCACGGGAAAGUUUUUAACAUUAUUCGAGUACUGUAAACAUGAAAUAACACCUCUAUAGUCCCCUUAACAAUCAUAUUACCCAAUAUAGUAGAUAUAAUAACAGAAAAGAAGACAUAUUAGACAUAAAUUAGCAUUCGGAGAAUUCCUUGUUUUUUUCUGAACAGCGUACUUCCUGCGGUGGCUGUUGUCUCAUUAAGGUAACAUUACUGACACCUAGUGACCAGUGGAGAAUACUACAUAUGACGUCUUUGAACACCUUAUGUUUGGAUUUUUGUUCAUGCUUGAAAAUGCUUAAUUUAGGCCAAGAAUAUGUAAAAUUUGACUAAAUAGACAUAUUUCUUACUAAUAAUAGGCCGUAGUCAACCACGAAAUAGUGCUAAUUUAUGAAUACAUUUUUUUUUUUUAACUGUGAUAGAGUGAAGUAAUGAAAUUCCAACCGCGGAGUGGCCAGGGAUGGCUGUAAAUACAUUUUUGUACAUUGGUCAGGUUAGAGAGGAAACUGGAAAUGCAGGAACAUGUGAAGUAUGUGUCGGCCUCUGCCUGUCUUUGUGUAGCUAAUGUGAUGCAUUUGCGGCUGUAAUUGUACAAAUGUCAGUGUUAGUCGCUAUCUUCAGCACCUUUUUAAAUGUCUUUCAUCUCCCCAUGUGAGAAAUGAAAAGGUCACAAGCAGACUCCAAUGUACAUUUCACAUGUUGUUUUAGGGUCUUUUUACUCAAGUUUUUUCAUACGUUCAAGUACAGUACAGAGUGUGCGGGAGACUACCAGCUUUGGAUGGCGUUAAUGCAUUUUCACACUGGUAACCACAUUGUUCUGUGGAACAUCUUGUGCUAGGAUAUGUACGUAAUGUUUCAACUAGGGAUGUCCGAUAUUGGCAUAAAAAUGUAAUAUUGGUCAAUAUCGGUAUCGGGAUUUUUCCCUCCAAUGAAAGCCGAUGAUAAACAUAAUGCUGUACAUAGGCCUAUGGGCUCCCGUAUUUUCCCGCACGCAAAUGAUUACCUCAUCAAACCGCCUCUCAAGCGUAUAAACAACCGUGGGUGGCUAGUAGCAAGCUAGCUCCUUACGUUCCAUCCAUCCAUUUCUAUGCCGCAUGUCUUCACUAGUGGGAUUGUAAACAUUCCCGGAAGUAAACGACAGUAAAAUCUGACACUGUGUCUCGAUUAGGAGAGUUCGUGGGGACGUCAGUGAAAAUGUUGCUUUUUCAUAUGAUAUUGGGUGUACUUUCAUUCAUAUACAUCUUUUGUUAGGUAGAUUACUUUUCAUCGGAGUGUUGGCCCACCUCUCGUCAUACGAGUGCUUUGAAAGCUAAGUCCAACUUUAAGCCUUUCAAACUCAUGGAUCGGCGCUUCAGGGCAAGAUUAAAGGUAUGUAGGAUAUAAAUUCACUUAAAUAUCUAUCUCCAGAUGACAUUUCAUUCAAAUCUGAUGGUGCGAAAUGCGUUCAUUUUGGCCUGGAAUUACUCUGUACGUGCAGUUUGUAGUGUGGCGUGGAAACGAACACAGAGCGCUGCUGCACACGUGAAAAUACAUCCAUGAAAAUUAUCACACUUGAUUUUCUUCCCUGGACUUUUUGAUGAUCAAAACAAUGUAAAUGGAUACUCUGUUGACUUCUAAAAGAAAUAUCACAGCCUAAGCCUCAUGGCAAGUAGUUCUCAGAUGUGUUUAGAUAGAUAGAUACUUUAUUAAUAGAUAAGAUAAAUUCACAUUGCCAGCAGCUCUGCAAAAAUGUCAUAAAGAACUUCAUCACAAAAUGAGACAACCAAGGCAAGACAUGAGAAAUAAGAAAAAUAAGAAAAUAGAAUAAGAAUAGGGCUGGGCGACAUGGACCAAAACUCAUAUCCCGAUACAUUUACGGUAUGUUGAAUAUCUAUAUACGAUAUAAAUCCCGAUAGUUUUUGCACAAAGGGGGUUUAGUCAAAGUCUGAAGUUGUGUGAAGUUAUCUCAUUAAAAUAAAAAUAAAAAUAGCCGCUAAAAUAAAAUAGUCCAUUCUCUUUGUGAAAUAAAUAUCCAAAAAUUAAAGUAUAAUUUAGAACGAGCCUUUAGCUGUGCUCAAAUCCUCAGCUAAUACCAACAGCACAAAAGGACAACAUAUGAAAUAAAGCGCCCUGUUUAAGAGGAAAUGUUUAAACGUCAGCAGGAACUCAAAAAUACUUUACUGUGAACAGUAUUAUUUAUUUAGAAAGCAGAACCUCGUAAAAGAGACUAAAAUGUGAAUAAAAACACCUUAAUUACACGUAGAACUACAAAUAAACUUCAUUCAUAGUUUGUUCAGCCGCCACUCUUUAUCUUGUAGUUACGACUUGUUUAUUUGUCACACACCGUUCUUCCAUCACACACUGACAGGUAAGUGACCGAGUCCAAAUGAGGCUUGCGUGUAAUGACUCGUCAUUUAAUGAAGAUUAAGAAACAAAAGGAAGAAAUGAUGCGUGGCUCUCCUGCAAUGUGCGGCGGGAGCUUUACUUUCACUUUUAUGUUACCGAAUACCAGAAACUUUUCAAUGACGCCAGAAAAAAGUAGCUAGAUUUGUUGCUCGUUGCUUUUGAGAAAAUAUGUCACCAAGAGGGUUUGGAAUGUCGCCAGAUCUAGCACGGAGCACGGAGGGGGGGGCAGGGCAGCGGCCUGGCUAAGGAGCGCUGACACACACAGCAGGGAUGAGUGAGACAGACCUCGUGUCAAGAUACAAGAGAACAGCGCAAAUCCAGUCCAUAUCGAUAUGUUUGUUUUUGAUAUCGUGCUUCAAAGAAAUAUUUUUCAAAGAUCGAUAUAUUUCGCCUAGCCCUAAAUAAGCAUAAAUAAACACGGAACAGAUCACGUCAAAUUUCGAGUGCAAUAAUACAUUAUAAUUAGUAAUCAUACAUAGUAAUAAUAGGAGUUGGACAAUAUCAGCAUAUCAGUUAUCUGUAAAAACGCCAAUAUCGGACAUCCCUAGUUUCAGUAAUUGGAAGUUGGCAGAUACACUGUGGUCGUCUUCAACUGUGCAUUUCCAGUCUUUUUAUUAUUCUGUGGACUAAAGCUAAAAAGGGCAAUAGACAAGUGCUUGUUUUAUUAACGAAAUGUUCUCAGUCUGACGAUGAUCCACCACCAGACCUCCCGAAGGGUUUCUCUCACAAGAUCAGCCAUGAAAUCUUCCACAAUCAGUGUUUGUCUACCAUUUGUAGUGAUAUCAUUUCUAGUGGCCACAAACAUCAGCACCCCACCCCUGUGUGAGUGUUGGGAUCCCAGAGAAAACACUCAAUGCAAAGCUUGGACUAAUGGUUGAGAUGUUUUUCCAACAAGAAUCCACACAGACUCCUUGCUUCAAUAGCUAGUCAGCUGACAUUGUCAGGUCACAUGACCCAGCCAGAAGUAAAACAUCCUGAUCCAAUCACCAAUCUUUGCUCCAAUUCUUCUCUUUGCCGCCGUUCCAAGUUGCGGUUUGGAAGUUGGCCUCUUUAAAGAGAGCAGUCGCUGGAUGACGGGGAGCAGCGAUGAUGGAUGACACGUUGGACGACCAGGCCUGAAUCCUUGUGGGUCCAACUUAGUGAACCACUUCUUGGUUCCGCUACAAAGCAAACACACAGCAGCAAAAUCAUCUCAAUGUGCUCCAAGGCAGAUUGGGGACUGGAAACUCCUAGAAGCUUCUUGUUGUGCACACGAGGCUUUAUCUUCCUUUUUGAGGUUUCAUGUUUGGAUCCGUCUAACCACGUUCCUCUCUCCACCGAGGAAGCCCAUCCAAGCAUCCCAGCAGGCGGCCUUUGCUCCAACCUGAAUCGGGCCGCUGUUGGCAUACGGCGAGCAGCCAACUAAUCCAAACGAUGACUUCACUAACUGGUCGUCCGGGCCUUGCGACUUGGAAUUGCCUGCUCUUGAGGUCAGAACCUCCAUCAUCCGCAUUUGUGCAAGUGGCGGUGUGUUCUGGUGGCGAUCCAAGCAGCUCACUGCUCCUGACUGCGUCUUCCAAAAAGGAUUGCUGACUUCAGCUGUCGCUUCGCGGUGUCACCCGCACACAGGGUGGAUGCUAAGCUAAGCUAAGAAAGUUUGAAGAGUAAACCCAUUGCCCUGCCCCUUCAUCAAAGCGCCGCCCGCCCACCAGUGAGCCACAGCUGAGGUCUUUUUCGGAGAUCUGUUUGGACCCGACAGAGUGGGAGGGGGCCAUGUGUUCCUGCUGAGUCGACACUUUUGGGCCACAAUGAGGCGGACGCCGUGCUUGCCCCUUGCCUUCCUGCCGUCCCUGCUGCUAGCGGUCGCCGCCUCCUUACCGCAGCCGUCCCGCGGCGCCGCCUCCUUCCCUCAAGACCUGGAGCCCCUCAGCGUGGUGGGCCGAGAAUCCUCCUACUUGUAUCCCAGCUUCCAAGGUCUGACGGCGGACAACGACACAGAGCGUCUGGGUCUGGACUUCCAGAGGAUGCUGAGGAUCAACCACAUGCUCUACGUCGCCGCUCGGGAUCACGUGUUUGCCAUCAAUCUUGCCUCUUCUUCGGAGCACAUCAUUCCGCAGCAGAAACUGACGUGGAAGACGAAGGAUGUGGAAAAGUGUACCGUGAGGGGGAAGAACAGCGACGAAUGUUACAACUACAUCAAAGUGUUGGUGCCUCGCAAUGACGAGACGCUGUUUGCGUGCGGCACCAACGCCUUCAACCCCGCCUGUCGCAACUACAAGAUGUCCACACUAGAGCAAGACGGCGAGGAGCUGCUGGGUCAGGCUCGUUGUCCCUUCGAGUCCCAUCAGUCCAACGUUGGACUUUUUGCAGGGGGCGACUUCUACUCGGCCACCAUGACAGACUUCCUGGCGAGCGAUGCGGUGAUUUACCGCAGCUUGGGCGAGAGGCGCCCCGUGCUGCGGACGGUCAAGUACGAUUCAAAAUGGCUGCGAGAGCCCCACUUCCUGCACGCCAUCGAGUAUGGAAACUUUGUCUACUUCUUCUUCAGCGAGAUCGCUGUGGAGUACACGUCCCUCGGCAAGGUGAGACACAACAUGGAGCCCGCGUGCUCGCCCCCUUUUAACCAUCGCUCUCUGCACCCUCAGGUGGUUUUCUCCAGAGUGGCCCGUGUGUGUAAGAACGACAAUGGCGGUUCGCCAAGGGUGCUGGAGCGUUACUGGACGUCCUUCCUCAAAGCCAGACUCAACUGCUCCGUGCCUGGCGACUCCUUCUUCUACUUCGACGUCCUGCAGUCGCUCACCAAUGUGCUGCAGAUCAACCGCAGGCCGGCCGUGCUCGGAGUCUUCACCACGCAGGCCAACAGCAUCACUGGCUCUGCCGUCUGCGCCUUCUACAUGGACGACAUCGAGAAGGCCUUCAGCGGAAAGUUCAAAGAGCAGAAGAACAGCGAGGCGGCGUGGACGCCCGUCCCUGACGAGCAGGUCCCAAAGCCAAGGCCCGGCUGCUGCGCCGGCGAGGGCUCGGCUGCCGACUACAAGUCGUCCACCGCCUUCCCUGACGACACGCUGACCUUCAUCAAGUCGUAUCCUCUCAUGGACGAGUCGGUGCCGUCGGCCAACAACAGGCCGCUCUUCACUCGGACCACCAGCAGGUUCAAGCUGACGCGGAUCACCGUGGACACAUCAGCGGGGCCCAACAAGAACUACACCGUGCUCUUCUUGGGCUCGGACAACGGCCACGUGUUGAAGGUCCUCACCGGCACGGCGGGAAGCAACCAGUCCUUCGCCACUCGACUCCUGGAGGACAUUGACGUCUACAACGCUGACAAAUGCAACGUGAGGGGGGAGGACCGGCGGGUGCUGGGUUUGGAGCUGGACCGGGAUCAUCACGCCCUCUUCGUGGCCUUCUCGGGCUGCGUGAUCCGUGUGCCGCUCAGCCGCUGCUCUGACUACAACGCCUGCAAGACGCGCUGCUUGUCCUCGCGGGACCCGUACUGCGUAUGGCUGAAGGCAGGAAGCUGCGUUGCCAUGACGCCCGGCUUCAAGGGCGCCUACGAGCAAGACGUGGAGGACGGCGCUGGUCUUCAUGCUGACUCCUGUCAUGACAUCCUGGCGACCACGCGCAAGCAGAACACGCCUCUAGACUCGGCCUACGGGAAGACCGCACUACCAAGCGCCGCCACAUUCCCAAAGGAGGCAGGUGACCCUGAAAGAGGGACAGGUCCGGAUGCCCCUCCCUUCGUGGGGGGGCAAGGGUCACCUGGCUCGGAGCCAAUCAGUGUGGAGAUGGAGGGUGUGAGGCGUCCUCCCGACGUGGACAAGUCCAAUCACAGCGUCCACUACACACUCCUCAUCGCGUGCGUCCUGGUGGCCUUCGUCCUGGGGGCCUUCCUGUCGGGCUUCCUGGUGUCUUGCUACUGUAACCGCGCGGCACACAAGACCCGGAAGCUUCCCAAAGACCCCGAGGUGCAGAUCCCGCACGCACUGUCCCUCCGCAGUCUGGCUAAGCUCAACGGUCUCCUGGAGAGCAAGGAGGACAAGCUGGAGGUGUCGUCCCCAAAGAUCUACAGUUCCUUGUUUACCAGCAGCAAGGAGCUGCUCCCGCCCAGGAGGAGCGCUCCUCACGGAAUGAGUAUGGGGGACUCUGUGCACCCCCUACGCCCCACCACAGAGCUGUCUGGUCUUCCGACUCCAGACUCCACCCCUGAGCUUCCCAUUAAGAGCAUGAAGGCCUUCAAGAACCACUGGGAGAAGAACCACAACUGCAACAACGCUUGCAGACCCUCCUCAGCCGUGCUCCCCCAGCAGGUCUUUCCUUACGGGGGUCAGCUUCAGGGGGCGGGACACCCCCAUCCUGAUGACCGCAAAGUGCACAACAUGUCUCAGCAGCCCUAUCCCGCCUAUGCCCACAAGGUCAUGGAGGUCACCUCCUUGGACGAGCUCCUCAAGCACAUUCACGAGGGGGCCGCGGCCAAGACCCCUCAGCUGAUCAGCCCGUCAGGUCUGGCAGCCAGCGGGGCGGGGGGGCAGCUCGCCUUCACCAACCGCAUCCAACCUCAGAUUCCGGAAACCGAAUCGGCGCCGUACUACAGCUCGUCCACUUUGCCCCGAGACAGCCUGACGCGCCGCAUGGACGUCCCCCCAGACCUGCCCCCCCAGCACCAGUCCACGCUGGAGAGGAGACACUCCUCCCAGAGGCACUCGCUCAUCGCCGCCGCCUCGAAGAUGCCCAGCGGGGGCGGUGGGGGGUCCGGGAUUCCUCGCCACCACAGUUUUAGCCAACGCAAUGGCGGCCCCCACCAGCCUCCCCCACUCCUCACUCGCAUGAACUCCACGGGCAGCGGCGGCGAGGUCCACUACCCCCUCCUUCCACACGGCUACUUAGCCCGCCAGCACAGCUACAACAUCGAGCAGCACGACGGCCCACAAAGGGGGGCAGUUGUGCGACGAGGCUCCUCCCUAAAACCCGACGCCCCCCCCAAACCGCUCUUCAUCCCCGCCUCGUCGCCCCUCAGCCAGCAGGCCAAGUUCAACUACUAGCUCGCCGUCUUUAAAAUGGAGGACAGCCAACUUAAAGAUUAGCUUUGUACCAUAUUGGUAUUGUUCUCUUCUACGUGACUCACUACAUAGACGCUGGGAGCAAUGUGCCAGUGCACGUGCAACAACUACAGCUCCGGACACAACACGAGCGAUGCUAACAGCGAUGCCAACGUUGCACAACAGACUGUGGGAAAGUGGGAGGAGCCUGCGAUGCUUGGUUCUUGUUUUUGCGUAUAAACCUUAGCGAUGUCGUCAUGUUGCUAACCAGAAUGUCUUUCUAUUAUGCAUGUACGUGUACAUAUAGACUGUAUGUGCGUGUGCGUGUGCAUAUAUAUGAAUAUAUAUAUAUGUAUGUGUGUAUGUAAGCUGUGGUGAAGUUAGCAAGAAAGUCACUUUUGUAUUUGCCUUAUUACACUCCCACCAGACACAAGACAUUUUUCCACCAGCCAGUCCAGUUAGGAAGUUCCGCUCUCUGUCCACCAAUCAACACGCUGCACUGUCUAGCUCUGCCUCUUGAGGUGCCCUGCCGCUGUGCAGGCUGCCAAAAAGUAUGCAGCUAAGUUCGUUUGGUAGCUUUCUGACAGUGCCUAUGUUGGCUUUCCAAAGUGGACUCGUCGGUGGGAAGGUGUCUUCCUGACUUGAUUGUCUUUCUUUUUGCCAUAAACGACGAGUUUGUCUUUUUUGGGGGGGGGUUUCACGUCUCGGUGAGCUGACGACUCGCUGAGGAAAAGUUUGAUGGGGUUGUUUUGGGAAAGGUUCAGUCAGACUGGUGCUUGACAGACGAGUGAGGUCCAACAUCUUUUUCAGUGGGAACAUUUUGGACCCUGAGAGGCCAACAGUCCCGUACAUACUAUAAUAUUUGUGGCUAAUGGUUGUAAAUAAAGAAUUAUUCCUGACUA